ACACCUCUUCUUACAGAGGCGUGUACAUUCAGCCUCAGAUGCUCUACAUUCGACAUGUAUUAGCAGGAUUCUUGCUAAGCCACUGCUGGGAUAAAGCAUGGUUUUUAUCAAAUAGCCCCCACAGCUAGGGUCGCUACAUGGGUCGACUACUUUCUCGUCAUCUAUAAUCCAAUGGAUAUUUCCAUGCGCAUCAUGAGGCAGACUUGCAGUCACAAUAACUGGUGCACAUGUGCAAUACUCUUCAUAAGCAUCAUACCUAACUGAUAUUUAUCUCUGUCACAUCUUUUAGCGAUUUGUUUCCAGACGAUGAAGUCAUAUCCAGUCGUGGCUGAAGAUAAAUGUUAAGCUCGAUACAACAAAAAAUUCCUAGUGUCAGAAAACUGAAAAAUCAAACAGCACCAAGUCCUCUUGCUAUCACGUCUUUGAAACAGAUCCAGCAUGCCAGGUCAUCAUUCUCAUCAUCGUCAAACCCCUCACCGCGGGUCCGAACCCAAACAUCGACCCCCUCCAAGACAGCACCUGUCUUCGCCUCCACAAGCGGAAGUUCGUUGUCUAACUAUCCGCUACGCAUCUUUGGACCACAGGAGCUAUCAUAAAGACUAUAAUCUACCUUAUGUUCGGCGCUUUCGUCACUCGAAUCGGGGCAUGGUGACAGAUCUUCCGACUAGCGGGGUAGUCGGUAGGAACAAUUUGCAAAGCUUGGUGCAGGAUAAAUUGACGACGUUGAUGAAUAGAGAGUUUGCUAAUUGGAAGUUCAUCGGUGCUGAGAGAUCACUGCCCGGUCCGCCGAGUAAUAACACACCAUGGGGAUACAGUGAAAGAAGAGUGAAUGUUUACAUUGAGAGACGACAGUGAGGAGGGCGAAGAAUUGUCUUUAGAGGCUUUCUACUUACAUGGGUUUUCGGGAUCGAGGAUUCUUGUGGUGGAUUACUAUUGAAUUUGAAGGCUCAGAAACGAAGGCACACUUGAAUGGAUGGGUUACGAUUUCAUUUCUUGUUGGCUUGUGGUGAUGGUGUUUGAUUUUAGCUCGGCAUGGGAUAUGGUUUUGAUGAAUCUUUUUGUGAAUCGAAGGAUCUGGGCCUGUGGCUGUGGUGUAUGUCUUAUGUCUGUCUUCUAUUCUCUUCUCUUCUGUCACUAGUUCUUGUUAAUUGAUUUUGUUCAUUUGGUUGGGUUUAUAAGUUAGCAUUGCAAGUAGGCAGAGAUAACGAAGCUUAUGAAUUGUAACCUCCAUUCUACGCUUUGCUUCCAUUGGCUGCAGUAGCUAAGAAUACCCAUCAUUUAUAUCAU